UGUAAUUUUAACAAAUUUUUGUACAAAUGAGGGAUUCUUUAGAAGCAUUUGAAAAAACUUUGGAGGGAGUUAACUCAAAUUGGAGUUUACAAAAUAAUCUCAUCGAUUUAAUUGAAAAUUUGAAUAAAAACUUGGAGUCCGAGCGUGAAACAACUACGAAAUUACAGGAACAAAUUCAGAAUUUAAUGAAACAAGAUAAUUUCGGGAUUACCUCUAAAUAUGUUGCUUUGAAAGCUGAAUGUGCUACGCUGAAAGAAAAGUUAUCAACGCUAAAAAAUGAAAACGACGACUUGCAUAUCCAACUUCUUGCAAAGUCUGAAGAAACUAAACAUCUAUUGAUGGAAAAAGAGAGAGAAUUACGAACGUAUUACUCAGCUUUAUUGAAACAAAAAGAUGAAGAAAUAAAACAAAAAGAUAAGGAAAUUCAGAUUACGAAACAAAGUUUGCAAAAGAGAGAACAAGAACUUUAUAACGAAAUUCAAGCUGCUGAAGCUUCAUCAGCGAUUGAGUUAGACCAUGUAGAGUCGAAUUUUAAAAAACAGCUUGCUGAAUCGAAUAAGAAGCUCAAAAACAGUAUGGAGACUUGUAAUGUCUUGAGAGUUGAAUUAUUGUCUGUGAAAGAACAGUUUUCCGAGUAUAAACAGGCUUCAAAUCAAAAAUUUACAGCGCUUCAGACACGGUUUCGAGAAUCGCAGAAUGUGGACCAACUUUCAGCUACUUCGUCCUUAAAUCAAGAUCUUUCACGGGACAAUACUUUUGUUAAUACUGAAGAAAAAAGCAAAUACCAACCAUUAGAUGUUUUUCCGAAAACUUURUCCAGUUGCGACAAACCGAUCAAUUUGAAGAAAACUCCGGUUUAUCGGGGCAUCGGAAAAUAUUUCAAUGACACRAACAUGCGAAAAACAAAAAGUUCUUUACCGCCUUUAAUGGACUUGAAAAAUUCAAACAAAAAUGAACCAAAGUCGGCCACUAAUAAAAGACGCAAACUGUACGAUCCCACUGACUUGUCGUAUUUGAACCUUGAUGUUCCAGAUAAAGUGUAGAAAUUAGUGUUGUUUUGUAACGUUUUGUUAACGCUAAAUAAAAUACCGAGAAAAUUGCAUUUUAGGUAAGUUUAUUGUAUAAAUAAUUUUGUACAUGAUUUAACACGACGAAUAUAUACAGUCUUGAUU